AUGCCUUAUAAAUGUCCGGAUUGUGGGAAGAGUUUUAAUUACAGCACCAGCUUGGUCAGACACCAGAGAAUCCAUACCGGAGAAAAACCAUACAAAUGUUUGGAUUGUGGCAAAUGUUUUCUGCCAGAGCUCGGGCCUCACAAUUCACCAGAGGAUCCACGCAGGGGAGAAGGCCUACCAGUGCUUGGAUUGCGGGAAGAGUUUCCGCGUGAAGUCGCACUUAAUCAGGCAUUCAUCAUCCACAAAGGAGAGAAGCCGUACAAGUGCCCGGAAUGCGGCGUCAGCUUCUGCGAACGAUCGGAGCUUCGGAUACACCAGAGGAUCCACACGGGAGAAAACCCUAUCACUGUGCCUGACUGCGGGAAAAACUUUUGCCGGAAAGCGGAUCUGACGCUCCAUCAGAGAAUCCACACGGGGGAAAUGCCUUACACGUGCUUGGAAUGCGGGAAAGGGUUUCGCUGGAGCUCCAAUCUCAUCACGCACCGGAAAACCCACACUGGCGUGAAGCCGUUCGAAUGCGCCGAGUGCGGGAAGAGUUACUACUCCAACAUGAGCCUCGUCCGACAUCAGCGGGUCCAUACCGGAGGCACCCCGUACAUCUGUUCGGACUGCGGGAAAAGUUUCUGCGACAGCACCAGCCUCACCCGGCACCAGAAGAUCCACACGGGGGAAAAACCAUACGCCUGUCUGGAGUGUGGGAAAAGCUUCAACCGUAACUCCAACCUCAUUUCCCACCAGAGGACUCACACGGGGGCCAAGCCGUUCCUGUGUACUGACUGUGGGAAGAACUUCCGGUCGAAAAUCGGAACUUCACCGGCAUUACACAGUUUCACGCAGGAGAGAAAAAUGUCAACAUUUGAUGGGGGACACUCAGGAGGAUCCUGCUCACGAGAAAACAACAGUGAACUGGGACUCAGGAAUGAAUAG